AUGUUCAGCUCUUCGACGAUGAGUCUAGAUGUACUAAAGGAAGUGAAGGAUCUUGCUGACCAGUAUUCGGCCUCUGGAUCGAAUGGGCGUUCCGGUUGGAUGCCUGCUUUUAGUCAUAUUGAAACAUUUGGGCCCACGUCCGGGGUAGCCGUAGAGAGGUCAGUCGAGACCUUACUGGAGGAAAUCGAUCAAGUAAAGCGUUGCCGAAUGACUACUCCUGUCGUUGUCCUGAACCAUCUCCUUACGGGAGAACAGUUCGUACCCCGGCUGUGUCAAGUUCGAACAGCACAUCACGGAAAAAAUUCACUGCCCAUUCCGCCUAGUAUUUCUAUUUUGGAGACAUCGCAAGACAGUACACAGGCCCGCUCGUGGUUGUCUGAAUUCAAAAAUAUUACUUUACCCAGAAAUGUUGUAGAGCUGUCGUUUUCGCGUAGUUCGGGUCCAGGUGGUCAGAAUGUCAACAAGGUCAACACCAAGGCGACUGCACGCUGUCCUAUUGAUGCGGAAUGGAUACCGUUGUGGGCUCAACCAGGCCUAAAGAAAUCUGCUCACUAUGUAUCUUCCACAAAAUCAAUCAUGAUCACGUCUACUGUUUACCGUUCUCAAUCACAGAACGUCGAAGAUUGCUUGGAAAAGCUACACAAUGUGGUCUUGACCACAGCAUCGGCCUUGAUCAAGAACGAAACUUCAGAAGAGAAGAAGAAGCACAUUGCUAAUCUAGAACGAGCGGCGAAGGAGCGUCGGAGGAAGGAGAAAAGCUAUCGCAGUGAAACGAAAAAAAGACGGUCGUCUGGAGGCUGGGAUGAUUGA